AUGGCAACGGUUACUGAGAGUGCCUCGACAACGAUCUUAGGAAACGGUACCGCGCAAGAGACCAUGGGCGCUCGGACAGUUCCCAUAAUAACCACCACCACUCCUACCCCUACUCCCAUAAAGAUGUCGGCGCCGUCUCCUCGGGGCGAUCCCAUGGACCUCACGACGCCAACAAGCUCCUCUGCCCCUGGCUCCUCUAGCAAGAGUCCCGAAGGCGAAGGGCACGACCAGAACAUCAGCUCUUCCUCGAACGACCAACAUCUAGCUUCCACCAACACCAUGCCCGCUCCUGUAGCGGCUGCUCAGGCAGUCCACCACCAGACCAAGAUUGUCCAGACAGCCUUUAUACAUAAGCUCUACAACAUGCUGGAGGAUCAAAGCAUACGGCAUCUCAUCAGCUGGUCGAAUUCGAACGAGAGUUUUGUCGUCUCUCCUUCACAGGAAUUCUCAAAAGUUCUUGCUACAUAUUUUAAACAUACAAACAUAUCCUCCUUCGUGCGACAGCUGAAUAUGUAUGGCUUCCACAAAGUAGUCAGCGAUGUGUUCGCUACCGGAAAUCCCGAGACUGUGCUGUGGGAAUUCAAGCAUGGCAACGGAAACUUUAAACGGGGCGAUUUGGUCGGGUUACGCGAAAUCAAGCGAAGAGCCUCACGCCAUACUUUGAUCCACCGAGAGUAUAACAAUUCCAAACCGACCCCUUCUCAACCCGGCACUCCUUCAGAGCCCAUGCCACCCAUCCCAGACGGAGUAGAUCCGAGAAUUAUCAACAUUGAGCACAACAUGUACGACAUCAGUGCGAGAAUGCAGCGAAGCGAAGAGAAUGCUCAUUAUAUGCACGUCAAAAACCAAGCCAUGAUGGACACGAUAACAAGGUUACUGGAAUUCAACCAGACCUUGACGAGGACACUGCUUGCGCUGGUCCCUGAUCCUAACCAAUCCAUACACCAAGAGGUUCUGAGACUGCAACUCGAUUUGCAACGACAGUCUGAGACCUUCCGUUCAGUGGAUGAACCGCACGAGCCUCCGCUUUCCAGUAGCCGGCAAUUCUUUGCAAAUCUGGAAAAUCCGCCCUUGUCUCCCAGGCAGCACGCGCAGGAUGACCAGCGAAGGCUCAACGCAGCACAAGCCAGAGGCCCGAAUUACUAUAGACCACCUGUGCCCUCUAACUUGUCCAUUUCAUCGCGCCGCCAAUACGGAUCAGUCAGCGGUGCUACUCCUCCCAUUAUCAACCAACCAUCACCCUCCCCGCUCCGCCCUCAAGCACCGCCUGUGCCCUCAGGACCCCAUCCUCUGUCCAAUGUCGAAGGGCCGCCUGGUAGUCUAGCUCGACGACAUACUUCGGCCGACAUCAGAGCUCAUGGCUGGGUGCCGAACCCUAGCCCGUUGGCAGGGUCUGGUCCAUCAUCAUCUCAGUGGCCUUCAUCCCCAAGUCGUCUGCCCAUGGAUGACCGAGGGCCCCGCGACACUCUCUCCACGUUUCCGCCUCACUCACAUUCCCAGUCGCGGCCUUCAACGCCUCCUCCUCCGCCACCCCCGUUCUCCAAUGGCAUCAAUAACAUGGAUAGCAUUAACAACAAUUUCAACGGCUGGUCGUGGGGAGCAGCAAACAGAGAGAAUAAGAACCUUUCUAUCAAAGACAGCUCUCUCCCGCCGACGCGCAGGGGGAGCAUGGCCCAUAUCCUCAACCCUACCGAUACUGCUGAACAGGAGAACGAAGACGAUGGUAGAGAAGAAGACAGGAAGAGAAAGAGACUUCUCUGA